AUGCUCAAUCUUGCCAACUUACGUGCCCUGCUCUCUCAAGUCCUCUCAUUCCCGGAUUUGCACACGGUAGUCCUCUUCACUCCAGAAGGGCACUUGGUUUCAUUCGCUGCGGACGCGUACAAGCCGAAAGACGACGUUCGGGUCAUUGUUGGCCUCAGCGGGGAGGUCUGGCAGGAAACGAAGGGACAUGGCAUUGGGAUGGUGGAUAGCGAGCUAGGUAGGCUGCUCGUACUACCAAUAGAACGACCGCCCCAUGUUGUGAACGCCGAGAACGGUUCGGAGGAGCGUGAUCCGGCGAUGCUCCUUGCGCUCAACGCAGAGGAGUCAGUCUCAUGGCAAGAGUUGGAAGCCAAGGCAAGAGAAUUAGCAAAUCACCUGGAGCAACCUGUCUCUCAGCUUCGUGGUCGUUUCUCUGCGCCCCCUGUGCCUUCCCCCCGUGCGCGACCUGAACGCGGUGUUCGUCGAGAGACUUGA